GGGGCGCUGCGCGGUUCUCCUCACAGCCCGUCGCGAUGCCGAAGGUCGAGGAGCUGGCGGCAGCGAGCGGCCCGGGGAGCAGCCCGGAGGAAGAAGAGGAAGAGGGAAAGAAAAGGAAGAAAGAAAUGCCUUCAAAGUCAGAGAAAAGGCCGAAAACAGAGGCCAGGCCUUCGAGAGUGGCAGCAAAGCCUCAGGGACGAGACAGCGAAGAAGGGGGCAUGUUCCAGAUUGGGAAGAUGCGCUACGUCCGAGUGUCCUGCUUCAAGGGGAAGGUCCUGGUGGACAUCAGGGAGUUCUAUAUGGACAAGGAGGGGGACAUGAAGCCAGGGAGGAAAGGUUGUGCAUUCCUCACGUACUGUGCCAGAGACUCCGCCAUCAAAGCCCAGACAGCCCUGCAUGAACAGAAGACUUUGCCAGGGAUGGCGCGCCCGAUUCAGGUGAAACCCGCGGACAGCGAGAGCCGUGGAGGUAGGGACAGGAAGCUCUUUGUGGGCAUGUUAAAUAAGCAGCAGUCUGAGGAUGACGUGCUCCGGCUCUUUGAACCGUUUGGGGUCAUUGAUGAAUGUACGGUGCUGCGCGGACCUGAUGGGAACAGCAAAGGCUGUGCUUUUGUAAAGUUCUCAUCUCACACAGAGGCUCAGGCAGCAAUCCACGCACUCCACGGCAGCCAGACAAUGCCCGGCGCUUCCUCCAGUCUAGUGGUGAAGUUUGCUGACACAGAUAAGGAGAGGACCCUCCGGCGUAUGCAGCAAAUGGUGGGGCAGCUGGGGAUAUUCACUCCAUCUCUCACCUUGCCGUUCAGCCCAUACAGCGCCUAUGCGCAGGCUCUGAUGCAGCAGCAGACGACCGUCCUGUCCACCUCCCACGGCAGCUACCUGAGCCCCGGCGUCGCCUUCUCUCCGUGCCACAUCCAGCAGAUCGGGGCUGUCAGUCUGAACGGGCUGCCGGCAGCGCCCAUCGCACAGACGUCAGGGCUGCACUCACCGCCUCUGCUGGGAACGACGGCCAUGCCGGGCCUGGUGGCUCCCAUCUCCAACGGCUUCACUGGCGUGGUGCCCUUUCCCAACGGCCACCCGGCCUUGGAAACGGUGUACACCAACGGCUUCGUGCCGUAUUCAGCCCAGAGCCCUUCGGUAGCGGAGACUCUGCACCCGGCCUUCAGCGGCGUCCAGCAGUACGCAGCUGUGUAUCCAACCACCUCCAUCACCCCCAUCGCGCAGAGCAUCCCGCAGCCGCCGCCCGUCCUGCAGCAGCAGCAGCGCGAAGGUCCUGAAGGCUGCAACCUCUUCAUCUACCAUCUCCCUCAGGAGUUUGGAGACAAUGAGUUGAUGCAGAUGUUCCUUCCCUUCGGCAAUAUCAUCUCCUCCAAGGUGUUCAUGGACCGUGCCACCAACCAGAGCAAGUGUUUUGGUUUUGUAAGCUUCGACAACCCGUCCAGUGCACAAACUGCCAUCCAGGCCAUGAAUGGCUUCCAGAUUGGCAUGAAACGUUUGAAGGUCCAAUUGAAACGACCCAAGGAUGCCAACCAUCCCUACUGACAGCAGCAAGCAAGCGAGAGUCACUUCUGCAGCACAGUGACUCGCAGGACCAAACUUUCCCAUUCGGACUCCUUGCCAGAGGGGUUGGAAGCGAAGGGUUGACCUCUGCAGCGGUGCCUCCUCAGCGGGCGCUGCAAACGGACCUGAACAUUUUGAGAGGAUGCCUGGAUGGACAGAGGGCG